AGAAAAUGGCAUACGAGGCACAUCUUGCCGGAAACAACACCUCACACAUCUCCAUGUCCUCUCCCUUCCAUGACCCUUUCUUCCUGGUGGAAACCAUGUGCAUCUGCUGGUUCUCAUUUGAGUUAAUCAUGCGUUUCACCUGCUCCCCCAAUAAGAUGGUUUUCUUUAAGGACGUGAUGAACAUCAUAGACUUCUUCGCCAUCAUUCCCUACUUCGUCACGCUCGGCACCGAGCUGGCCAAGUCCAAGGGAGCAACGCCAUCCAUGUCCCUGGCCAUAGUAAGGGUCAUCCGUCUGGUCAGAGUUUUCAGAAUCUUCAAGCUCUCUCGCCACUCUAAAGGCCUGCAAAUCCUGGGCCAGACGCUGAAGGCCAGUUUGAGGGAGCUGGCGCUUCUCAUCUUCUUUCUUUUCAUCGGAGUCAUCCUAUUCUCCUCGGCUGCGUACUUCGCAGAGGUGGACAACCCAGAGACGGCCUUCACCAGCAUCCCAGAGGCCUUCUGGUGGGCUGUGGUUUCAAUGACGACAGUGGGGUAUGGAGAUAUGUACCCAGUGACUGUAGGAGGAAAGCUGGUCGGCUCUAUGUGCGCCAUUGCGGGUGUGCUGACCAUCUCGCUUCCUGUUCCCGUCAUUGUGUCCAAUUUCAGCUACUUCUACCAUCGGGAGAUGGAGUGCGAGGACAACCAGGAGUACACGCACGUCAGCACCUCACUUUGGGAGGAGGAGGAGGAAGGUGGGGAGGAUGGAGAAAAUGGGGAGGAAGGGCCUGGGGAACAGGGAGACCAGGUUCCUCUUGAAGGAGGGACGGCUUACAGGGGGAACUGCACCCCUCUCAAUGGGACUCUGCUGGCUGGGCUUUGUUCAGGCAAGCCUGGAGAGCAAAGUGUAGGAAGCAUUUAUCCAAUGGUCACUCAAGUCUGAGAGACUGAAGAUCAAGCAGGAGCAAUGAGAGAUUAUGGAGGUUGACCAUGUUUAAAAAGGCACUGCCUCACUGUGACUCUCCGAAUACAUGAGGAUGAUGGGAAGGAAUAAAAGGAGAAACAGAUAAUGAUUGAAGAGGAUGAGGAGGCAGUCAAAGGACAAGAAAAGUAUGAACGUUGAUGUAACCUCCAUUCAAUGGACUAUAUGCACAGCUAGUGUUUUCCAGCCAAUGAGGAACUUCUGGUGAAAACUUUGUGACUUUUUUCAAUUUCAUAAGGUUCUUUUUACAGCAUCAAUGUUUUAAUAUGAUUACAAUACAUUUAAUUAAAUAGACUUAACCAUUAAUUUAGUUGUAAAAGCGUAAAAAGAGAUGAAAGAUGGUUUUAGCACAGUCGCUGUCAUUAGCAGAAGGCUAGCACAGCAACUUUAUUGAAAAUACUGGGGUACAAUUAAUUUACACAUUUUAAAAACAUGGCAUGGAAAAAUAAUUUAAUACAGUGGUUCUUAUUUGAUCUGAUAUAUCGAAUCUCAGCCAGGUAGUUAAGAUCGCUGUUUUUUUAAAAGAAAUCAGAUCUUAAACGCGUCUGACAAUUAACCGGAAGCCAUAGGGCUGGCUGACUGAAAUUAAAAGUCUGUGUGCAUACAACCCAUUUUCAAUGCUUUACACUUACAGGACUUUUAUUUUGUCAUUUAACCUUUUACACUAAGGGUGUCCAAACUCGUUCCACGAGGGCCUCUGUCCUGCAUGUUUUAGUUCCAACCCCA